AAGAAAACCUUAAGAUCCACAGCAAUGGCUUUCACUCGAUUCUCCAAGCUCGUAGUCGCUCUCGGUCUCGUUCACUUCAUUUCAGGUGGUUACUCGGCGACGUUUACGAUUACAAACAAGUGCAGCAACACGAUUUGGCCCGGCAUUUUGUCAAACGCCGGGACAGACCAGCUUUCGACUACCGGGUUUAUGUUACAACCCGGGGAGUCGAGCUCGAUUGCCGUCCCGGCCGCUUGGUCGGGUCGUUUAUGGGGGCGGAGUCUCUGCUCGCAGGACCCGACCACAGGGAAGUUUAGUUGCGUUACGGGAGAUUGUGGCUCCGGUACUGUAGAGUGUUCCGGAGGAGGAGCGGCGCCUCCGGCAAGUCUGGCGGAGUUCACCCUUAACGGAGCGAACGGGCUGGACUUUUACGACGUCAGCCUCGUGGACGGGUACAACCUCCCAAUGUUGGUUGAGCCCCAGGGAGGUACCGGAGGCAACUGCACCACCACAGGCUGCGUUGUGGACCUCAACGCCGGGUGUCCAUCGGAGCUGAAGGUCACGACGGCGAAUGACGGCGGCGUGGCGUGUAAAAGCGCGUGCGAGGCCUUUGGGGAUCCCAUGUAUUGCUGUAGUGGAGCUUACGCGACUCCUGACACCUGCACACCCAGCUCGUACUCGCAGUUCUUUAAAAAUGCGUGCCCUAAAGCUUACAGCUAUGCCUAUGACGACGGCACCAGCACCUUCACUUGUGCCGCCGCCGACUACCUCAUCACUUUCUGCCCUUCCCCCGCCACCAGUGUGAAGUCGGCAAAUAAUGGCCAAUUCCCUGUGGCGGCCGGCGUCUCAUCCGGUUCACGUCGUUCGAUACCAAACGUCGUCGUUUUCGUCACCGUCUUGGCGGCAGUUUGGCGGUUGCUGCCACCGCUAUUCUGAUUUCGCGGGUUUCAUACCAUUCAAGCAUCACUCGGAGACCGACUUAGGUUAGAUUUUAAGGUGGGCCCACGAGAUUUUGACGAAGAGCGGGAGCCAACGAUUCUGCUGACGUGGCGAGAGCAUUAUUUGCCCUAGAUUCAAUUUGCUAGGCAAAAGGGUUUAUUGAUAGAAACAAAGACAUGCAUCAAAAUAUAUACACGGUGAUCCACGUCCUUGGAAUUGAAAGGGGCAAAUCAGGAGCGUUGCUUUUUGCGGCCAUUUGAUGUUUUUUAAUUUUUUUGUUUUGUUGUUUUUAGAUUUAGAUUUUGUGAAAUAAAGAACAGGAAGGAGCUAGCUGAGGUAGAAUGUUAUUAGCUGGAAAUGCAAUUCUUUUUGCGACUAAUGCCAAAGAGAUGGAGCUAAUUAAUCUGAUGUAUUCUCCUUUAUGGUGUAUAUAUAUAAUUUGGGAGCUAGUGUUUAAUUUUUCUUUUGUUUGAUACUACUAUAUAUGAGACUAAUGAUUCUUAGCUA